AUGUCAUCGUUAUCUAUGUUCAAGGAUACAAAGAAUAAUACAUAUAAUGGCAAGCAGGUGCCUGGAAGCGUCAACUUCCACCCGAAACACAUCGUCACCCUUGCUCCCUGUCCCAAUAAUGGUGACGUCAUCAACCAUGGCAAGCACGCCUUUUGGGGGAAACCGGGAGUGCAUUACCACCAAGGGAUGAAGGCAGGGGAGAACACGCUCAACGCCAUUUGCGCCCGACUGGUUUUGCGGAACCUGGCCAAGGAGAAAGGGUACAGCACGUCAUCGUGGUUGCAGGAUUACGUCACCUUCAUGACGACUCCAGGCAGCCACAACGACACGUACGCGGAGUCCUUCCACCGGGAUUUCUUCCGCAACUGGGCGGCGGGAGUGCCCCCGGAGAGAUGCAGCCAGGGGACCGAGGGACAUAACACGGCGCAGAUCGGCGGCUUUGUGAUGCUCCCCCCCGUUAUCUUGUCCCGACUGGAUGGUCCCGAGGCUGCCACUCAGAGGGCCCUCCAGCACCUGACCACCACUCACGAGAGCCGCAAGCUGGCGGCAUAUGCGCAGAAAUACUCGGACCUGGUGUACGGCCUGGCCACCGGCGGCGACCUGCGCCAGGCUACGUCAGCACUAGCCAAGGGUAUGGGCAUCGACCUGGCGCAGCUGGUGCCGUACGAUGACAUCCGCAUCGUACACUCGACCUUUGGGUCAGCCUGCUACAUAGAGGACUCCUUCCCCUCCCUGCUGUACCUGGCGUACAAGUACGCAGAUUCGUUCGAGAAGGCUGUUCUUGCCAACACCAACGUGGGCGGGGAGAACUGCCACCGCGGCGCCGCGCUGGGGGCCGUCAUGGGGGCGGCACACGGUGAGAGCGGCAUUCCCAGCCGCCUCAUUGAGGGUCUGGCGGAAGCUGCCACCAUUCGGCAGGAGAUUGACGCCUAUGUGCAGGCGCUGCACCCCGAACUAUUGGUGUGAUAGGGGUUAGGGGGUUAGGGAGGGACUGCGGGCGCCGCGGAAUUUUCUCUAGUAGAUGGCCUCGGUGGCUGCACCGGCGUUGGGAGGAUUGAAAGAUCAGGUGGUGGGUGGGGGUAGGAGGGGGACGAAGGAAAGGUGAGGUGAGGCGAGGUGAGGUGGAAGGCUGGGAGUUAUUCCGGUGUUUUGGCUUUCUGGUGCUGACGUGGAGCCAGGCCGUUCAUUUGAUGAUUUGAUUUGCGAAGCAGAUUUGCUCACUGAACAAACUGCGGCCUUUAAGGUUACAAGUUCCGCAUCAAUGCGGGGGGGGGGAGUCUCGUAAAAGCCGGACGGUCAAUAGCCAUUAUAUGACAUGGAGUGGAGUGGAGUGGAGUGGAGUGGGGAUGUUGACGUCCUCUCCAGCUCGCGCAGGCUCAGCGCGCCUGUUGAGCUAACAAGGGGGGCUUCCGCCAUAAUAGAGCUUUUGCCUUCGCGAGGGCAUUAUAUGUAUUCAAUUUAUGUAACAGCUGUUUCUUCGG